AUUCAUCGCAUUACGUAUACGCCGCGCUGGUCAGUGAAAGGUGCUAUGAUGGGCGGCGAUUCGUUAUUGCAACAAUAAAUAAGUAAGAAGAAAAUAAAAUUCGAAGGCGGUGCUCGCGAGAAAUUGCGACAGGCGGACAGUGAGACAAAUUUAGCCGAGAUAGAUAGAGAUUCUUGGUGGAGAGCAAACUGUUGCUGCUGAUUCUAGUGGUGCUGCCACUGGGCCUGAGCCACUGGGUGGCUGUGGUGGCGCUGGUGGCGGUGGCAGUUUUUGUUUGGCGGGCGGCGGUGCCAAAUGAUGAUCAUGACCGCGUAGAGACGCAAAUAAAUAUAAUUGAAACACGAUCAAACUAUAAGCAAAUACGGCAAUUGUGUAACUGCAACGGCAUCGUCAACAUGAACAAAACGAUUCUGCACUGGAGCUAUCUGAAUUUCAAGGAUGUGCCGAUGGAUCUGUUCCUCUACGAGGAUCUCGAGGAGGUCUACCUCAAGGAGAACUUCAUCUCGGUGAUACCCAAAUGGCUGCUGAACAUCACCACACUGAAGUUUAUUCAUUUGGCUGGCAACAAUCUGAGUGAGCUGCCGGUGGACAUCUAUAUGCUGGAGAAUCUAGAGUUCCUGGACGUGUCCAACAAUGAGCUCAAGGAGCUGCCCCCCACACUGGGUCUCCUGUUGAAUCUCCAGCAGCUGAAUGUAUCGGGCAAUCAGCUCACCGAACUUCCAGUGGAGCUCAGUGGUUUGCGCAAUCUGGAGCACCUGAACAUCGGCAAGAACCAAUUUCGCCGCCUGCCGGUGCAGCUGAGCGAGUGCGUCCGCCUCAACGAGCUGAAUGUGAGCGACAACGAGGCGCUGGUCCACAUCCCCGAGCGCAUCUCCAACCUGCCCAUGCUGCAGUCCCUUGCCGCCGAUCGUUGCGCGCUCGUCUACUUGCCGGCAGCUCUCUCCAAGUUCAUGAACCAUGUGCGCAUCUUCCACAACACCGCUAUCAACUACAUACCCAUGGUCUAUGAAAGGUUCUAUCAAAACUUUUACGACAACCGCCAGAGGAAUACUCCCGUCGCCGUUCAUCGCAAGGGUUUGUUUUGGGUCCGCGAGCUGGAGACCAGCACCAGGUUGCUGCUUCCGGUGGGCACCCGCACAGUAUUUCCGGUUCCGUCGGCGGAGAACCGGGUCUCGCUCUACGACGACUGUCUGCACGCUCUGCAGACGCUGAACCGCUUCACGCCCGUUUAUGAGAAUGUAGCCAUGCACCGUCUGCUCCCAGAACCGUACAUCAGUUCCCACAUCAACAAUGGACCCAUCGCGCGCUGCACGAACUCCACCUGCUCCAGAUGUCUGUAUACCUCGUACUACUUCAUGGUUGUGAAAAGGCGUGGCAGUACGUCCAAGCAGCUCUUCACCUGCAACUUCUGCACCAACCGAUGUGGUCUCCUUUGGUUGACCAGCAAUGAUAAGAAGUACUACCAAUUGGCUUGGCGAGUGUCAGAUGAUGACGACGAUGAUGAGGAAGAACACAUGGCCAGCAGCAAAUAGAGCUGCAGUAAUUGAGAUGAACUCGCUGUAUAUAAUUAUUUAGUUAUUACAUUUAAUUAUCAUUAAUUAGUUUUGUACAUGUCAUGUAAAUG